GUCACUUUCCUCGCCCAACCGCUCCCUCCUCACUAAAUCUUUUUCACAGUCUUUUUGUUGUUACACGCCUGAGGUACUCCUUUCCUGGCCCCUUAAAAAGACUCUGCCGUCAUCCAAUUCUUUUCUCUCUUUUGUUUGUUUCACUUCUCUCCAUUCACUUUUUUUAGCACCCUCAAUUGAAUAUACACCCAAUUUGGUUCCGCCUAAUUUUAAAACAACGACCGAUACCUGCUAUAUACCGACACAUAAAAUGCCUUUAGUAUCACCAAUGCCGGCCAUGAAGCUGCGUUCAGCACCUGUGGCCGAGCUCAGCGGAUUCGUGGCCAGCACUAGCAACACCACCUCGAGGAAGUCGCCAAAGAAGCAGCCUCCCUUUGCGUACUCUGCACGUCGUGCACCCAUUGUCAACAGCGUGUCAAAGUCGGCAACAACAGAUCAGCACACGCGCGUGCUGGAGCUGCUGCGCGCAGCCCUCACCGCCUCUCCUGAGACUGAGAAGCCCGCCGAGACGGCAGGCAAAGACAAGCGCCAGAAGCUUUUUGAGCUUCGGACAGCAUUUAUUGGGGUGUUGCGCGAGCUGCAGAUGCCGCAGGCCGACAGCAUCAUGUCUGUGAACGAGCUGCUGCAGAACCGCUCCGAGCUGGGCCUGCUGGACCUGGCCAGCGUAUCCGAGUUCUGCCACAGCGAGCUCGACGACUCAGCGAGCUGCAUCGACGAGGACGCAGCGCCAAUGCUGCCGGCGUCGUAUUCAUCGGAUGACACAACGCUGCUGGGCACAGACGACGAGCUGUUUGCGGAACGUUCGGCUGACUCGGGGCGGCCCUCAAAGACGAGCUUUAUUGAGAGCUGGGCGCACAAUGGCUUCUGGCGUGGCGUUUCGACGCGGUCAUGGAUGAGCCCUCAGGAGCGCCGCAGCCGCCGCCGCACGUCCGCAUCGUCUGACUCCACGCUUGUUGCUCCCUACGCCGUGCCCGACCACCUGGGCAUCUGCUGGCCGCUGGAUGACACUGCACGCGAGGCAGCGCGCAGCUGGGGACGGUUCUAUGCGGACCUGGGCGACACGCGCGUGCCUAGCCGGUUCCGCACGCCCGACAACUCGCUGGCCAUGCUGGCGACCGAGCAGCUGAUGAUGCGCAACGACAAGAUUGUGUGUCCGCUCAAGAACCGUCUGCAGGAGACCAAUCCGAAGCGCCAGCAGUUCGAGGAGUACGUGCGGGCCACGGGCAGUCUGCCGCCACCGGCCGUCUCCAGCGACUUCACAAAGUCGCCGCUUCGCAACGAGCUCUGAAGCGGCUGUUUCCCACGAGCUGGUCCCUCAUUCUGCGGCCGCUGCUGCUGCCGAUGCUGCUUGGGUAAAUCCGAGUUUCACAC